AUGAUUGCGCCCACGACUUCGUUGUUGGCCGCGUUCUUGUCCUUCGGCGGCCUCGAGCUCGUCGCAGCCCGGGAGGCAGGACAGGUACGGGAUUUGGGAGCGCGAGAGGUUAGCUCCGCGGCCCUUGUUUCCUCCCAGCCUGUUACGCCUAUCGAGUUGACCACCAGGUCCGAAACCAGUACGCAUGAGUCGGCGCCCACUUCGGACAAUGAACAAACAAGCCCGAUCGUUGACCCUUCACCUGCUGUUAUUGUUGUCCCUGUGACCAUUUCCGUGGACGCCAAUGGUGUUACGCAUACUAUUGUGGGCACAGCACCGUUCGUUCCCGGUGCUUCAACGACAACUAGCUCUACUAUUGAGCGUGCGGCGAGUACUCCGGCGGCGGCAGCUGCCACUUCGACGGCGAGCGCGACCACAUCCGAUAAGGACUCAACCACCAGUGACUCGGACAAGCAUACGUCUACGUCCGAAUCCGAGAAGCACACUUCUACGUCUGAAUCGUCGGCGAAACCAGAGACUCGUUCUUCAUCGGCAGCAGAAGCUGAGACACCUUCGUCGGCAGCAGCGGCAGCAGCAGCAGCCACUACAUCGAGCCAGAGUUCGUUGGCUGAGUCCUGGGAGAGCUUUAUUUCAAGUAUCUUGGGAUCUUCUACGAGCACUAGCGCAGCCUCCACCACGGCCAGCCCUACCGCGUCCUCAGCCGAGUCCAGCUCUGCGACACCCGCUCCCGCUUCGAGCUCUGCGGGCGUCGUCGUAGAUGUUACCACAAGCAAGAGUUCUACAAGCGACGGCUCGACGACCUCGGAAAGUUCUACGGCUAAGGACUCGACUACUCAGAGCUCUUCCAGCCCAGCUUCUUCGACUCCAGCUUCCACUGCGGAGUCUUCGGCCGAGGCUUCGAAAUCGGAACCUGCCACUGCUAGCUCGAAGGCAGAGACUUCGAGUCAACUUAUCACCAGCCAGAGCGCAUCUGCCCAGAGUUCUUCCGCUCAAGUCCCUCUGGCGGAGUCCACUUCGAAGUCUGAGUCUUCAACUCAGAGCUCCUCGAGCCAGGUGACAUCUGUCCAGGCCACCUCGUCAGGCGCAGCCACCCAGGCUACUGGGUCAGUGUCCUCGAGCCUCAUCCCAUCUGCGUCUGAAGACGUGACCUCUUCUUCUUCCGCCCCCGCAUCGUCAGGUGGAGUGCUCGGUUUCCUCUCAGACCUCUUUCCUACUAGCACCACUUCCACCGGAUCCGCCUCUGCUACAAGCAAGAGUGCAAGUGAGUCUGCCGACUCCAGUGCUUUCCCUCUGAGCCUCCCUACCAUCUCGGUUAGUGUUCCUGUGGUUACGCCUGCCUCCUCCUCUUCUGGAUCUGUCAAUAUCGUUCCUGGCCUAUUAGGCACAUCCUCAGGCGCUUCCUUGGAAUCUUCGGGCAUUAGUCUAGGUAUCUCGGCCACUUCCACGGCUCUGAUUCCUGGAGCUUCCAGCGGAACCCAGAGUUCCGCUGCAGGUGCCUCGACUCCUGUCGUCAGUGGUGGCAUUAUCAUCAUGCCUACUUCGACUGAAUCUGCUUCAGCUUCCGUCUCAGGAUCUGCCUCGACAGGUCUUUUUGGAACCACUUCUGAAUCGGCAUCUUCGUUGGCUUCCGGUUCCGCCUCUGGAUCUGCAGGUGUUAUUCCUACAUCGGUGUCUGGGUCUGUAUCUGGAUCGGCAGGACUUUUCCCUACGUCGGCGUCUGGAUCCCUUUCGGGAUCUGCAGGUGUUAUUCCUACAUCGGCUCCUGGCUCUGCGUCUGGAUCUGUGUCCGGAUCUGCUUCUGGUUCCGCUGGGCUUUUCCCUACGACUGCUUCUGGAUCCGUCUCCGGUUCUGCCGCUGGCACCAGCUCUGCGUCUAUGUAUACCUCCAUUUCCGGCCCUGCCUCUUCGAUCCCCUUGAUUACUUCCACCAAGGAGUCCUCGAGUCUGGCAUCUGCGACGCCUUCCUAUGCCCCGUCCACUACCAGCAAGGAAACCCCCACCCCGAUUGAACAACCCACCACGACGACCACCUCGGCCGCUGAGACGACUGUAACCCCUACACCGACCACGACCACCUCCGAUUCUGACAACUAUCUGCCGUCGAGUAUUCUCGUGGUUGAGCCCACGACUACUACGGCAGUGAGCACGGGCACGGCUACCCAUUCGAGUACCAGCACUGCCGCUGCUCAGCUUCCUGGAUCAAUCUCUCCUUCUGGUGGCCUUCCCGAUCAGCCAGCCAACGAUACCUUGGUCCAGAUCGGAUUCAAUGGCAAACUGCGCUGGAGCUUUGUGGCCACAACGCCCUUGUCUUCCUCCCAGAUCUUCAUGUAUGUUCCGGAGGGUCUGGGCUACGCGUUGCAGCUCAAUGACUCUGACGUGGUCAUGUAUGACCUCCAACCCUACGACAACUCGGCAAGCACUGGCUACAUUGCUACCGUUGCCCUGAUGUACAUCCCUUCAGAUGAUGUUGACACCCUGCGGAAGAUGCUCCACAACCCCAUCUCGAGGCUCUACGAGCAGCCUAACGAGACGGUCAAGACGUUGAUGGCCAUGAUCGACCCUUCCAUUCCUCUUCUGGUGGGUGACUCGGGCUCUUCCAGUGGCAGCUCGUCCAGCAGCGGUGGCUCGGGUGGUAGCAGCGGCGAUGGCGAUGGCAGUGACAGUGGCUACAACCAAGGCGAUGCUGGUACCAGCUCAUCCGGUACAACCAAGGCUAGCGCCGUUGGUAUCGGAUGUGGUGCUGUGGCCGGUGCUGCAGCAUAUGGUGCUGGUAUGUUCUGGGUUGCGCGUCGGUACCGGAAGAAGCGCCAGCUGCACCAGCGCUCCCCCUCGAGCGUCGACCAGAUGAGCGAAGGCCGCGGGGCCGGGUCCGUCCUCGGCGCGGGUGGCCGUCUCUCUCGCAACAGUCAAAACAGCCGGGGCACUGGCCGCACUCAGAUGAUCAGUGCACCGGUGAUGGCCGAAAAUUCGCUCGGCUGGAACUAA